GGCAGUAAAAAGAGAUAUGCUAUUAACUACACGUCUUUGAUCAUGGAAACCGAGUAUAUUUAAGGGAAAACAAAACUCAAAUCGUCAAGAUCUUUGAACAACUGAAUUCGAUAGGAAGGAAGUAACAUCUAAGGUGAGGUAGCGGUAUAACAUCAUCCACCGGCCCGACCAUCAUGGCUGAAGCGGAGCAACAACAAGCAACGCCAGAACAACCUAAGGCAGUCCCAAAACAGAAGGAAGUACUUGCAACGAAGGUAACUGGCACAGUAAAAUGGUUUAAUGUCAAAAGUGGCUAUGGAUUCAUUAAUAGAAAUGAUACCAAAGAAGACGUCUUUGUGCAUCAAUCGGCCAUUGUAAAAAAUAAUCCGAAGAAGGCCGUUCGAUCCGUCGGUGACGGCGAAGUGGUAGAGUUUAGUGUAGUGGUUGGAGAAAAAGGGAAUGAGGCAGCCAAUGUAACUGGCCCUAACGGUGAUCCAGUAAGGGGCUCGCCUUAUGCCGCCGAUCGUAGAAGAGGAUAUCGUCAAUGGUACUAUCCUAGAGGAAGACGGGGACGCCGUGGAGUAAGCAGAGGCGGCGGGCCGCCAAGAGAAAGUCAAAGUGAUGGUGAAUUAAAGGAUGGAGCACAAUCUGGAGGUGAAGGAGGUGGACAAGGCGGCCAAGGACAAGGUCCACCACGUCGUUUUAGACCCAGACGAGGUCGUGGAGGCUAUGGAGGAGGAAGAGGAUACUAUAGAGGACCCUACCGUGGACCGCCAGGAGAUCCAGAUCAGAAUGGCGAUGCUCCCCGUGGUCGUCGACCCAUGCGCGGACUUUUCCGCCGUAAUUUUCGUGGAGGCCAAGGAGGCCCUAGACCACGUUCCCAGGACAGCCAGGGCCAAGCUGGAGAGCAAAACGGUCAAGAAGGUGGACCACGUGGACCACCACGUCCACGCUACCGCAGACGUGGCCCACCACGUCCAAGAACCGGUAACUCUCAUUCGGAUUCUGCUGGAGGAAACCAACAGAAUGUCAAGGCUCCUGAAAAUUCUGCAUCUGAAAAAGCUGUUGAAGAAAGUCAACCAGUGCAGAAUACAACUACAGAGAGCAGUGCUUAAGCGUAAUCGCGCUCAAGUCCAUCACUCUAAAAUAUUCAUAAUUAUGUUAACAACGUUUAGCGCGUGAGUUUGUAAACUAUAGCAGACAAAAAGGCAUUUCAUGUAGUCCAUUUGUCUCUAAGGAUUUCUUGUCAAUUCACCAAAAAAAAAUACUUGCAAAAAAUAUGUGUUUGCUGCAGUUUGGCGCUGCAAUUUUCAAUGAGAGUUAACUAAAACAUUUUUGAUACUUUUUAUAUUCUCUUUGAUGUUUGUAUACUGAUUUGUAAAUUGUAGAUAAGCAAAUUCAAACUCGUUUGAAAAUGGCGACAAACUGAUUUGUAUUUUUGUUAUCGGAUCAUGAAAUGUCUUAAGACCUUAUGUCUUGCUGCAAAUUUUUCCUUCAUAACAAUUAAAAAGUAAAAAAAUACUUUAAAAUUCGAUGUUCUGUCUUGUCAACAGUGACGAGCGUCGUACCAAAAAAAAUGAUUGCAACAUCUAACUUUAAAAUAAUCUUUUCCAACUUGUGAACAAAAGGGAAAAGACCAAAAAAAAGUUGAAAAAAUACAAAAAAAUUCGUAAAACUCUCAAACAAGGACAGUUCAAUUUUCAACUGUUUUGGGUAAUAUUUUUUUUCUCAUCAUUUGUUCAUGAAAUCUCGUCAUACAAAUAUAAAAUUUUUGGUAUUCUUUGGGUGCUAGUCAUGUAAGUAAUUGAGUAUAUUUUCAUAUUGAAUUGUGUAAUUUUUUUGAGAAUAUCACAUGUACUAUUGGAGUUAAUAUUUAAUUUUUUUUCAGUACUUUGUACAAAAGGGAAAUAAAACUGUUCUCGAAGAA